AUGAGUAUCACGCCCAAGACGAAAGCUAUGACUACCAGAGAAAGGAAGCUUAAGGGUCCAUCUUCAAAGACGUACUCAGCCUUGGGACCCUACCUUCAGCUCAUGCGUGUCGACAAACCAGCUGGCUUGUACGCAAUCUACCUCCCAUUCGUCUACGGCCUCUUGCAUGGUGCAACAAUAUCACAUCCGCAGCAGGCUCCGUCCCCCCUGCGUGUCGUCUUCCUUGCUCUUGUCUUUCUCGUUGGGAGCAUAUUGUCGCGCGCCGCAGCUUGCACAUGGAAUGACUAUGUCGACCAAGACUUCGAUCGACUUGUGGCACGAACACGUAAACGGCCCAUUGCCCGCGGCGCAGUGUCCAACACCCAGGCUCUUCUCUUCAUGGCAGCGAGCGCCAUAGUUGCGGUCACGUUACUGAUGCUCUUGGCUCCUGCUGCUCGUAUAUACGCGUUGCCAAUUACAGUCCUGUCGACGCUGUACCCGUUUGCCAAACGGUUUACAAAUUAUCCACAACUGGUUCUUGGCUUCCCCUUUGCACUGGCCGUGCCUAUGGCAAGCAGUGCUGCGGGCAACAUCGACUAUGGCAAGCUGCAUUGGUUUGCCGGUGAAACCUUGUCGAUGGUCUCUUUCUUCACCGCGAUCAUCGUUUGGACCAUAUUGUACGACACGAUUUACGCAUUUCAGGAUUUGAAAGAUGACGUCAAGGCAGGGGUCAAGUCGACCGCCGUACGCUUCUCGGCCAGGCCAAAGAUUAUGCUGUCGAUUUUAGGAACAAUUCAGGUCUGCCUACUCUUCAUGGCAGGCUAUUAUGCUCAGUAUAACCUUGGAUAUUAUCUCACCACAUGUGCUGGUUGCGCGAUUGGUCUGGCUUGGAUGAUCUAUCGAGUAGACCUGGGUAGUCCGGAAAGCUGUGGGUCCUGGUUCAAAGCAAAUUUCUGGAUUGUAGGAUGUCCAUUGGGUGCAGGACUGUUACUUACUUACUAAGAAGAUCUUUUCCUGGGGUAAGGGGAUGUGAUUGAUUGGGCUGGUGCAUUUAAUCUCACGCUACUGUAUAAUGUUG